CCCACACUGUUCUGACUAUUUCUGAAUCAGCUUUCUAUAUAUCACACUAGUUCAUCAGCCUCUUCAGCUCACACUGUCAAACUUUGCGAGGUCGUAGCUCGGUUCUGCAGCGUUCAGAAUGGCCGGCAAGGCACUCUCCUUCGCCGUCGUCCUCCUCUCCGUCGUGAUCCUGGCCGCCGGGUCAAGAUCGCCGGCGGACGUCCAGCAGGUCGCGACGGCCGCGGGGAGCUACGGCGGCGACGACAACGUGUGCGUGUACACGGUCUACGUGCGGACCGGGUGGAUCUGGAAGGCUGGGACGGACUCGGUGAUCGGGCUGGCGCUCCGCGCCGCCGACGGCGCCGGCUUCACCAUCCCGGACCUGGCCCGCUGGGGCGGGCUCAUGGGCGCCGGCCACGACUACUACGAGCGCGGCAGCGUGGACAUCUUCAGCGGCCGGGGGCCCUGCCUGUCGUCCCCGCCGUGCGCGAUGAACCUGACCUCCGACGGCUCCGGCGCGCACCACGGCUGGUACUGCAAGUCCGUCGAGGUCACCGCCGCGGGGAUGCACCGGGCCUGCGCCAGGGCCGCGUUCGGCGUCGAGCAGUGGCUCGCCACGGACGCGCCGCCCUACCGGCUCUACGCCGAGCGCGGCGCCUGCGCCAAGAGCGGCGCGGCGGAGGAGUGAUGCUAGUGUACGUGGCGUCUCGGGGCCGGAUGCCGAUGCAGUGAGGGGACUUGUAGUAGUUCCCGCGUCGGGCCGUUUCUAUUGUUUCUUCUGUGUUGUGCUGCUGCUGCUGCUCUGCUUCGUGUGGCGUUGCUGUUAAAGAUGGGAUUCUGCGCGAAUAAUAAUGUGCUGGCUGACUGGCUCGAUCGGCAAGUUCUACUGUA